GGGUGUGAACUGGCACGCAACGACUCGCUGCCAUGGAUGCACAAUGUGAAGCAGCACUGCGACCUUCUCGACAUGGCAAAGAGCUUAAAAUCGGAUGGCUUUGCGACUGACCUGGCACUGGCUAAGCGGCUUCCUUUGGUUCCGCUUGGCGUGUGCUAACCCGACCGACUCUGCGCGACUCUUGCAAGAGGUGACCAAUACCACCACGACCACUUCUACUUCCACAACUCUGACUGCGACAACCUCGACACUCACAAACACUACAUCUACAACCUCAUCUACAUCAUCAACAUCCACAACGUCUAGCAGCACCAGCAGCACUAGCUUGACUUCCUCACUGACAAGCUCCUCAACCACAUCAACCAGUGAAACCUUCACUAGCAUAACCACAUCAACGCUCACCAGUACUUCACUUCCUCCUGUUUUGCCAGCUCGAUUGAUUUUGACCAUUGAGUUUCUUGGAGUCGCAGAUCAAUACUGUGACUCUCAAAAUUGCAGCGAAGUGCAGAUUCCUGCAGGACUGGAAAUUCGCGCUUUGCGGCUUCAGUCGCCUGAUGACAGCUACGAUUGGGGAAGUGACCCACGACUGCUGCUGGCACACCGCUUUGCAGGAUUCGAUGAACAAGCCGCAAGGCGAGGCCAGUGCGUCCAUGAGAAUGCGCGUGUGCAGGUUGGCACAUAUUUGCGUGUGGAGCCAGAGGAAUGGGGUGAUGGGGUACAGGCCGUGACGGACACCGGCGACUUGCUUUCCGAUGCAGGCUUUCUACCCCUCACCUUCCGCGAAGGCGGCGAAUUUGCGCUGUGCUUCACAGAAAACAACGACUUCUCCGGUGGGCAUGUGGACCUGGUUCCGAUCACCUUUGCAGUGCUUGGUGCUUACGACUCGAGCUGUUCGAACACUGCGGCCUCGCCGUGCCUCCCUGCGCGCGUGCAGUACUGCUACCUGCUGCAAGGUGCCUAUAGCCCAGCUUGCGUGGUGAGCUUUGAUUGGGAUAGUCAGCAAGGAGUCUUGGGCAAUGUGUCCGAAAUCAAGAUCUCCUGGACGUCUCCUUGGGACAUCACCUUCAGUGAUGGCUCCGUGGCAUCUGUGCAACGCCCUGGUUGCGAGACCGUCGGUUCCGAGAACUUUCUAUGUGCGGAUGGAGACCGAUGCGAUGCGGGGGAUUUCUUUCUUGACCUGGACGCGAAUGCCUCUGCCUCAUUGCGAUCUCGAGGGGACCUCACCGGAAGUACCUUCAAAGGCUACACAGUGUCAGUGUGCAUGUGUGCACUCGGAGAUUGCCUGCAGCCCGAGCUCUUCCUGCAGGAGGUGGGAGUUCUUCACUUCUUCGCAGCCGGUCUGUGCCUGCCUGGAAGCUGUGGGGAAACCGUUGGGGCCAUUGCGGCAAUAUAUCCAAUGCUGCUGCAGGUAUUUUGCCCAGGCGAUGCAUGUCAAGUUUCAGAUCUUCGUGGGUCUCGUUUGAAGCUCAUCGACCCAGGGGUCGACACCUCUCGUAGCUGGGAUCGCAACAACGGGUGCCGCACCGCUUGGCAAAGCCCGCUGCAGACCUCCCCUCCGAACUGCGUGAAUCCUGCGAGCUGCGCCUUGUCCGGCGGGGAGCGGCAAGAUGUCAAAGUCUUCGGGGCAGGAGCUGAAGGUCCGUUCCAAUUCCUGCAAGAUCGGCCGGAGGGGGCAACCUACGAGGUGAAGCGGCUGGAGCUGUGCUUCUGCCUGGAAGACUGCGAGAGCGAUGCGAGGCUCCCCAGCUUCUUCAAGGUGGGGCAGCUGUCGCUGCUGCCUCUGCGGCCGAUGGCCUCGGCUUUGCCGUGGCAGGUCCCGGGGCGCCAGGGACGCCUCGGAAUUGACCUCGGGGAGGGGCCAGAGGAGUCGUUUCAGCCGGCUGCAAUGGAGGUGCCACCAGCGGGUGUGCGGAAUGCUGAGGUGAAGCUUCUGUCGGAUAACUCGCUGAGUUUGGGGGACAUGGAUUGCCUGACAUCCUUGGCUGCCUACCGCAAUGCAUCCUCACCUCACUUUCUGCUGCUUUCGCUUGGCAAUUCGACGGAAUUCGAGGAGUCGGAGGUCCUCCUGGCGUUGACUGGCCAGCUGGAACAAGACAGCUCAAAGAUCACUUUCAACAACAGCAUCUCUUUGUCCUUGAAUCGUCCUGGGCGUGUGGCAGUGUGCUAUUGCGGAAGUGAGGCUAGCCAAUGUCCCUCGGAUCUCUGGAGAAUCAUUUCACACUUCACAGUCCGUGGCCCGAGUCUGGCAAACGAUUUGACUCCAAGUCAAGGAUGGACAGUCAGCGUGGGCGUACACUUCGGUUUGCAGCUUACCGGCUGGGGCCUGCUGGCAACCGACCGAAUUCUGAUUCCACAGGGCGGCUGCCAGGCCUUGGAAGACUCGAUUCAUGUGGGCUGCCCUGGUGCUUGCCAGCCACAGAGCGAGCGGAGCGAGGGCAUCUCUCUGCAAGUCCUGGACUUCGCGACUGUGCCGUGUGGUGGAGUGGCUGAGGACACGGGACAAUGCCCUCAGGUUCUGGUGGAAGCCGUUCACGUCUCUCACCUCGGGGCUGAGAUCACCUUUGGCUCCGUGCCGACGGGGCUGGCACCCGGUGACGUCUUGAGCUUGGGCGAGCAAGUCGCUUGCGCGAACGAGAGCAGCGAAAUGGGGUGGUGCUCGGUGGAGGAUGAAGAUGAACUUCGAGGUAUUUACGCAGCUCCCGGAGCGGACCCCCAGAACUCCUCCGUCUUGGGUGACUCCCACUAUCUCGUGGGAAGGACGCUGCAGUCUACUCCUGAUCCAAGAACUUUCAGACUCGAUGCCGUGUGGCCAUCAAGCAGAAUGCCUUCCUUUCAGAUUCAAGGCGAAGGGCUCCAAUGGGUCGUGCACAACAAGGGCCACACUGCCACGGAGCUUUUGGCCACAGAGCCGGCUGAGCUACCGGUUUGCUGGCAGCCUUUACACGGUGCUCCGCUUCUGGCGGGGAGCCUUUCCGUUGUCCAAGCCGCCAGCUUGCAGUGCAGCGUGUACCUCACAGCCCUGGGCCGCAAUGAGAUUGCUCCGGCGUUGAUGAGCUUUAAAGCCGGCGGCCUUGAAGGACAGCAGGGGGGCACGCAGCAGCUGCGCCUGGAAUUUCCCAGCGGCCUUCUAUUUGGUAUCCGCGCCGCGAGCGACGCGAGCGAUGGCGAUUUGGAAGAGGUUGCUGGGCAAAGGUCGCCAGAAGGGGCCGAGCAAGCACUCUGUGGCCGUCUCUUCAAGGAAAUGUGGUCAGAUGACCCAGACGGCUUCCCUAUGCCGCAAGGGUGCUAUCUUCAGCGGCCGACAAAUGCUUCAUGGGCGGUGGGGCUGGUAUUCUCAUCGGCCAAGUUGAAGGCCCACACCUCGUAUCAGCUGGUUCUUCGCGGGAAAGUGGGCGAAGCUGAACUGGGGCAAGAGGUGGCCCGCGCCAUGGUCAUGGGCGACAUCCUGCUCCAGCCUUUUCACGUUCUGGAGAUGGGCCCCGGCAUACUUCAGAGUGUGCCACAGGUGCCUGCCUCCAUGUCUGGCGAGCCAGACUUGCGCAGUUGCACGGUGCUGGGCGGUACCAAUGGUAUUCUUGAGCUUGGGCCCGGAGUUCCUCUCCAACUCUCCCUAGAAGCUGGCAGCUCUUUGCGUGCAGUGCGCCGGGGGAAUCUUCUGAGACUUUACUUGUGGCCCUUGCUGGGAUGGGAAUUGGAUGCAGGGCCUUGUCAAGCUAUGUGCAGCAUGCAGGGUGGCUGUGGGUUUGUGGACUGCGAAACCUUUGCAAUCGAAGACGGCGCCAAUCGCAGCAAUGCGGUGAAGAUGACCCUGCCAAACGACCUUGAUGCCAUUUACGGUAGCGUGCAGAACGUCUUUGAAGUGAGCCUCACCCCUCCACCUGGAGGAUUCUUUCCUGGCCGUCUGGGCGUUCAGGUCACCACUGAGACCGACGCCUUUCCUUCCUACUGCAUCACUUCCGGAAGCUUUAUCUACAGGAGCGUCACCGCCGUAGCUGGCUUGCUGGACACGGCUGGAAAUGAGCGCCCAUUUCAGCAGCAGACUGGCAAUAUCCUGUAUGCCAAAUUCCGGCUUGGUGCCACGCUCCAUAGUGAAUACUCGGGUUUUGCAGCCUCACUUGAAAUCAGCCCACCUGGCUACAGCUGCAUAGCGGCAGGGGCCGCAGACCUGGCCUCAGGAGAGGCUGGCUCGCUUGAGGACGCUGGAUGGAGCAACCAGGGCCAAAGCUGCCUUUACAGCCUGCCUGAAGGCAUGGCAAUAUUUGCCGGCUCCUCCAUCAUGGUUCGCCUGCAGGUGAACAACCCCUCACUACCUCGACAGCGGGAGGAUGUCAUGAACACCUGGUUUUUGGGACUUCGGUCAAGUGGCUCCUCAAUGUCCUUCCGGAGCCUGAACCUCUCAGCCUUUGACUUGGCGACUGAGCUGGGCGCCAAUUAUAGCUCAUCGAGAUCCAUCCUGGGAGUGAUCACCGACGCCACGAUUCAACCCUUGAUGCAGCAGCCCACUCUGCCAUUUCUCCAGCCUGCCGAACAAAGUUUCACGGCAGUGCAAAUCUUCUUUCGGCCAUCGCAAGAUGUGCUUGCAGGAGGUGCCGUGCUGGUUCAGGCCGCGCCUGGGUUUAGUUUUGGCACUUGCCAAUCUUCGGACCUACCCGCAAGCAGCCACUACUACUUUGAUUAUUCCUCCGGCACCCAGAGCACUUCUCCUUUGCCACAGCUGAGUUGCGAGACUUCCAGCAACUCACCCUUCCAUGCGUUGAUCAGACUGAAGUCUCGGAUUUUUGCCUCUCAGAUGUAUGCCUGGCAAAUCACCGUUCGGAUGCCUCCAGUAGAUCUCUAUGAUGAAAACUACGGCUGGUACUUAUACACCCAAACUGCUGCUGGCAGUUUGGUUGAUGGCACGACAACCGCGGUGCCGGCUGCCAACCGAGAUGUGUUUAAGCUCUAUCACAGAUCCUUGCCGCUGCAGGCGGCCUUCUCCAGCCUCCAGCCUUUCGAGCUCUCGGGCACCGAGUCCACGCUCCAGCUGCUCUUCCGCCUUGGAAUCCCCGUCACCGGUGCUCUGCGGCUCACGAUGCCCGAAGGCUUCAGCUUCAACUUCCCGUCCAGUAGCUUCAUUUCCCUCGCGGGGAAUCGCUCCGACGGCGGCGACGUUGUGCCCGGCGCGACUUCGGAUUGGCCGGCAGGAGUACCAGCGCAAUCAUCAAGUAUAUUGACUUGGUCAACAUCGUCGUACAUGCCCUUGGAGGUGUAUGGCUUUCUGGCACCGCUGAUUCUUUCUCGCAAUCCAACAGAGUCUACAAACUCGAUCCUUCUGGAGUUUGGGUACGACGAUGAUUGGAGCCCAGCUCAAUGGGAGAUUCUGCGCACCACCGGCUGCCAAUCAACAUGCGCAGAUGGUCAGAGUUAUUCGAGAUCUCUGGAAGAUGCAAAUGCAUUGCAAAUCCUACGGACGACUUGUCGGCAAGCCUGCCUUUUAGACUUCUCCUGCGCUGAGAUUGAGAUUCGGUUUGCCGCCAGCGCGGCGAGUUGUUCGCUCUGCCCCUACCAGUCAUGUACGCGCGUGGAGCGUUCCGACGCAGAGAUCCACCCGCUGCGGUCGCUGCCCCGCCCCUUCGCGGCGCUCCAAGCGGCCCCGCUGCUCCGGGCGCUCAUGGGCGCCAAGGUGUCUUUCCGCACGCGGCGCGCGGGCGCCACCAGCGUCGCCCGAUUUCAGCUCCGCAUCGUCACAGCGGUCCCGGCACGCGGCGCCUUGAUCAUCGAAGCACCCGAGGGCUUCGAUUUCUCGGAACAAUGUCAUCCUCAGGAUGUUCUUCUGAAUCUUUCAGAUGCGAUCCUGCGCAGCAUGGGUGACGGAACUGUGGGAUGUUCCUUCUUUCGGCUUCUGGGGGUUCCGCGCCUGCAGCUUCAGGGAGAUUUGGAGCCAGGACUCUACAGCUUUGAGCUCCCUGUGCAGAAUCCAGUAUCCUUGGACGCUUCAGCGAUUGACAGCACUUGCGGUGCUGCUCAAUGCUGGCUCUUCUCGACUGUGGAGGAUGCUUCAGCCGGUGUUCCUCGCGAGCUGGAUCGGCGAAUUGCCGCCGCUUCUCCUCAGCUGCUUCAGACUAUGUCUUUGGCGGGACUGCAAGAUGUCAAUGCUCCGCAGCGAAUCCUGACCGGCCGCAACGACCAGCCCCAAGCUGUGAACAAUUUGAUAUUAUUCUUCAUGCUGUCGAACGACUUGGAACAGAGCACUGCAACGCUGCAGCUGACCGCACCUGAUUUCUUCUUAUUUGCUGAAGACUGCCGGGAAGGGUUCGUCAUUGACGAGAACUCCGUCUUUGGCGUUGGGCAGCCAUUCCCGAGUGGAUUUCAGCCUCUGCCUCCUGUGUCAAUAGGGUGCUACGGCAACAUGGAGAUGGCCAUGGCGAGCCUGACGCCAGCAACUCUGUCCGCCGAUGUCAAGUACGCCUUCCGAGUGCAAGUUCAAAAUCCUCCCUCGCCGCCGACAGUCAACACUUGGAGCUUGACCAUUGCUGACGAAGCCAGCGAGCUCUUCGACUCAUUUCUGCUUUGGCAGAUCCAAGAUGGCAGGUUCAUGCCAUCAUCCAUCGCAGCCAACAGCACUGACUCCGAGGUGGGGUCGUGCUCCGUUGUGAGCUCCAUGAGGUCGCCGCCCUUGAAACUCCGGUUCCGCGUGGGCAGCGGCUUCCAGCAGCUGCGGGUAGAGGCGCCAGCAGGUUGGAGGUUGCUGGACACCUUCUGUGCCUUCGGACUUGAGGGAGCAGUGAUUCGCUCGGGUGGAAAUACCACCUGCGCGCUGGAUGCCGACAACAUGCUCAGAGUGCGUCUCGUGAGCAGUGCAGACGCUUGGCCGGGAGGUGCCGCGUAUGAGCUGUGGAUAGCCGCAGAGGUUUCAGCGGAUGCCUCCGGGUCCUGGCAACUGCAGACUUACAGGUUGGAUGUGCCAUCGGGGGCGGAGAUCAUCAAAGAGCUGAUCUAUGACGUGGGUCAUGUUUCAGGGCCCCGAGUUCAUCCGCAGACCGGUUGGAAUGUCAUCCGCAGAAGCGAGCCGUUCGGGGAUGUUCUGGUGAACACAACUUUGGUCAUGGUGCCUGGAUCUCUCAUGGCCGGAGAUGCCGUGGCGAUCACAGCACCCAGUGGGUUCAACUUGGCGGACUCCUUCGGCAAUUGCUGGCACGUGGACGUAUUUACAGAUUCAAUUCCUGCUGAUGUAAGCUGCGAUCGGCAACAAGCACGCUUAUUGCAAGCAGCCGCGCGGGAUGCUACAUGUUUCGCACGAACCUUGAACCUGUACAUCAAUUCAUCCUGGUCAGCAUUGAUGGACGGAAUGCUACUGCUGGACGUUCAGGCCUUCAGUUCCAGCCUUCCGCCUGCUGAAGAGGACAACUUUUGGUCCGUCGCCAUUGGGCGAAACGGAUCCCUGGCCGAAGGCGGCCACGCAAUGUCCUGGAUCAUAGUUCCUCGCGUGAAGGAGCCGCGCUUGGAGCUUCUGUCGACCUUCAGGCGAGCCGGGGCUUUUCCGGUCCAGCUGCGUGUCUCCUUCGGCGCACGUGUCGCUGCUGAUCGUUGGGAGCUCGAGGCGAGACAGCCUGACGACUUUGACUUCUCCCAAGUGCUUGCUUCAAUGGAGACGGCGGGAGACCUGGCAGGCACGUUCUUGGAGCUGCGCGAAGUCCCGGUGGAUCCGAACAAAACCUGGAUCUGCAGCAGAGCAGCCGCCAUGGUGGCAGACAUGCGCUACACCAUAACGCUGGACGAGGUUCGCCUGCCUGACGCAGCCGGAGCCGUUGGCUUUCAGGUUCACACCUACAUCGCCGACCGCUUGAGCAACAGCGGGCCCGUGACACCGUCUUUCUCCGUGGUCAGCAACAUUGAGGCGAGCAAUUUCCGAGUGCUGCGGCAAGAUGAUGGCCUUCAUCCCGUUGCUCAAGUUUUGCUUGGCCCUCGCCCAGCCCGGCUUGGAAGACUCACCUCGGUUCAUAUCAGCCUCCAGUUGGAUGCCAGCGCUGGCCAGCUCUUCCGGCUGGCCGUGGAGAGCGUGCUCCUGCAGGAGAUGAUGCUGUCGCAUUCACAAAAUCCCUGUUCCAGGACCUCCGCGACACAAGACGCCGGGGAGUUGGUGGUGGAAGUCCUUUGCAACAUCACCGCCAGCCUCGAGAGUGAACUCGAGGUCCAGGCGGUCUUUCCAGCUCUCCCUGAAGGAGCCUUUCCAGCCUGGACCCUGGAAGUGCAGGAGAUGCUUCCAAAUUUGACGCGGGUCACCGUCAGCAGCAACGACGGCCAGUUCGCUCCAGCACUUCCCUUGGCCAGCACCUUUACUUUUCUCGUCUCGCCAGUCUCCGUCGCACCAAAUUCCGAGGUUGUCCUCCAAGUCAGUCUUGAUCCCGGUGGAGCGGAGGUGACCCACGUAGAAUUGGUGGCUCCCGUGGGAGUGACUUUUCCGGCCAACUGCUUGGCGUCAUCGAGCCGCAGCAUACUGAGCUGUCUUGCGCAGCCCCAAGAGGGUCGCAAGAACGUAACCCUUACGCUCACAUCGGCGGCUACGGUUGAGAGAUCACGGAUGGAUGAUAUCUUCAUUCGAGUGCACAACCCCGCCAGCACGGACCCGGAUGAGUGGAACCGAUGGCUUGCGAUUGGUCGUGUCGGGCAAGAUGGUGCGGAGGUUGGAUGGGGCUACACCGAUGAAGACUACGGCAUCACACCCAUGGUGGCAGCCCUUGAGUAUGCCCCGGUGCAGGGCAAUGUAACCCUGAAGCUCUCCGUACAGGUGUCAGCACGAGCUCUUGCUGAUCUAAACGCAGCCGGUUCGCGCUCUUUCCUGGAGCUGAGCUACCGUGGUUCUGCGAGUUCGGCGGAGGCAGCCCUUCUCCGAUGCGACCUGGGCGAUCCGGACCAGGAGAAGGGCUGGAGGCAAGAAGAAGAUCUUUGGUUUCGGCAAGCAGGGUGGCAUGCAUUGGAAUUGCCGGCUGGCCUGACUUUGGAGCUGCAGCCUUGCAACGCCUCGGGGGCUCCGCGUGCUGUGUUUGAGAUGGCGGGUGUACAGGAGGGCUUGCUAUCGCUAGCUGUGGAGGCCACCUUGGUUGCUCCGCUCAUUCCCAGCCUGGUCCCUGUGGCUCGUUGGGAUGUUACCUUGCUGGAUUCCAGCGACCACAUCGUGGAUAUGUACCCAGGCCUAGAAGCACCAGCAUGGUGGAGUCGGCAAUGGUCGCUGCAGCCGUUGCUUCUCUCCUGGGAAGGCCGUGCAGCUUUGGGAGCGCAGGUUGCAGUCACUCUCGUGCUCAAGUCUCAAGCGGGAGAUGCACCGACGACGAUUUGUUUGCGUCCACCUUCUACCUUUGCAGAAGGAGCUCCCGCGGCCGGCUUCAAACUCUUCCUUGGACCGAGUGCUACGCUCGCAGAUCGCCUCAAGCUUGUGCCGAUUGGCUGGCCGUGGAUCAAGAAAGCGGAUGUGUUCACCAAUCGAAUCUGCUUCGACACGGAAAGUGGCAACAUCAGCUCAUCCUCCCCUGGCACUCGGUAUUCAUUUUCCGUGUUUGCUCAAUUGCCUGCCCAAAGCGGCAACUGGCCCGUUCACAGCCUCUGGGAACUGCAGCUCUGCCGCUUGGGGUGCUUGAACAGCAGCCAGGAGGCAACAUUCAACUUGCUUGGCUUCCAGCAGAAUGAGGCCUACCCCGGAAAGACAGUGGAGACGAAUCGCUGCCAAAGAGCGGCACCUCUAUUUGCUUUUCUUGCCUGGCUGGCUUGUUAGAAGCGUGUCUGCAUCAUGCCCCAGACACCCGGUGGCGCCCCUUUCGCCUU